AUGAGUGUAGCGGUAGUGAACAGUUCAACCGUAACGGAGUUCGUGGAUGACACAGCUACGUUUGAUUGUUUCGUGAGAGAAUGGUUUGCAAUGGUAGAUCAGAAUGGCGAUGGGAAGCUUUCGCGUGACGAAAUCCGUGGUGGGUUAGGAAUGCUUUUGUCUUUAGGUUCCGAAUCACAGCCACAGCAAGACAUUGAUAGCGUGUUGGAAUUGAUAUUCAAGAGGUUUGAUGAAGAUCGAAAGGGUGCACUCGUUCUGAAGGAGUUCAAGUCCUUAAUGAAGGAUAUUAUGCACGCCGUUGCUCGUGGGAUAGGUGGCUCUCCCAUCAUUGUUGCUCUUGAUAAACAUAGCUUGCUUAUGAAGGCUGCUCAACGUGAAUUGGCAACACGUUCUUCUCCUCCUUGA